AUGGCUUCUUUGGUUAUGGCGGCAGAGAAAUUUAGGGAUUUAAGUCAAGCGAUUGAUGUUCCUUUACUUGAUGCUACUGUUGCUGCAUUCUAUGGCACUGGAUCUAAAGAAGAGAGGGUAGCUGCAGACCGCAUUUUGCAGGACUUGCAAAGCAAUCCAGAUAUGUGGCUUCAAGUGGUGCACAUUCUACAACAUACAAAGAACCUCAACACCAAGUUCUUUGCCUUGCAGGAGUAUAUUCUUUGUGGAAAUUAUGAAGCAAAGCCAUCAUGGGUUAACCUUGUGGUCCUAGAGGGUGUUAUAAAGUAUAGAUGGAAUGCAUUGCCUGUUGAACAACGAGAUGGAAUGAAAAAUUACAUAUCUGAAGUCAUUGUACAGCUUUCAAGUAAUGAGGCCUCUUUUCGAAUGGAAAGGCUGUAUGUAAACAAGCUCAAUGUUACUUUGGUUCAGAUUCUCAAGCAUGAGUGGCCAGCUAGAUGGCGAAGCUUUAUCCCUGAUCUUGUUGCAGCAGCAAAAACUAGUGAAACUAUUUGUGAGAAUUGCAUGGUUAUAUUGAAACUUCUAAGUGAAGAAGUAUUUGAUUUCUCACGGGGAGAGAUGACUCAACAGAAGAUCAAAGAGCUUAAACAAUCAUUGAACAGUGAGUUUCAACUCAUCCAUGAGCUAUGCUUAUAUGUCCUGUCAGCCUCGCAAAGAACUGAGCUGAUUCGAGCAACAUUGUCCACCUUGCAUGCUUUUCUUUCUUGGAUUCCUCUGGGCUAUAUUUUUGAAUCUCCCUUGCUUGAAACACUUCUGAAAUUUUUUCCCAUGCCAUCUUAUCGGAAUCUUACCCUUCAGUGUUUGACAGAGGUGGCAGCUCUUAAUUUUGGGGAUUUCUAUAACAUGCAGUACGUUAAGAUGUAUAAUUUUUUCAUGGUCCAGUUACAGGCCAUUCUUCCACCAGCCACUAGUAUCCCAGAGGCUUAUGCAAAUGGAUCUAGUGAAGAACAAGCAUUCAUUCAGAAUCUGGCUCUGUUUUUCACCUCAUUUUAUAAGUCUCAUAUUCGAGUGCUGGAGUCUACUCAGGAGAACAUAUCUGCUCUACUAAUGGGUCUUGAGUAUCUAAUUAAUAUCUCAUAUGUCGAUGACACAGAGGUUUUUAAGGUUUGCUUGGACUAUUGGAACUCUUUGGUUUUGGAGCUUUUUGAGGCACACCAUAAUUUGGACAAUCCUGCAGUCACUGCAAACAUGAUGGGACUGCAGAUGCCUUUGCUACAUGUUAUGGUUGAUGGUUUAGGGUCGCAAAUUCUGCAAAGGAGGCAGCUUUAUGCUACUCCAAUGUCCAAGUUGAGAAUGCUUAUGAUCUGUCGUAUGGCUAAACCUGAGGAGGUUUUGAUCGUUGAAGAUGAAAAUGGUAAUAUUGUUCGUGAAACCAUGAAGGAUAAUGAUGUUCUUGUUCAAUAUAAGAUUAUGAGGGAAACUCUAAUCUAUUUAUCGCAUCUUGAUCAUGAAGAUACUGAAAAGCAGAUGUUGAAGAAAUUAAGUAAACAACUGAGUGGUGAAGAUUGGAAUUGGAACAACUUAAACACUUUAUGCUGGGCAAUAGGAUCCAUUUCUGGUUCCAUGAUGGAAGAACAGGAAAACAGAUUUCUUGUGAUGGUCAUUCGUGAUUUACUGAAUUUAUGUGAACUCACAAAAGGGAAAGAUAACAAAGCUGUUAUUGCAAGUAACAUCAUGGAUAAGCCAGCUGAGAUUGGUAGCUGGAGAAGCUUAAAGUAUGUUGUUGGUCAGUACCCAAGAUUUCUCAGAGCUCACUGGAAGUUCUUGAAAACUGUUGUCAAUAAAUUGUUUGAAUUUAUGCACGAAACUCAUCCUGGAGUUCAGGACAUGGCCUGUGACACAUUCUUGAAAAUUGUUCAGAAAUGCAAGAGGAAAUUUGUCAUUGUGCAGGUUGGAGAAAGUGAACCGUUUGUAUCGGAACUUCUAACUGGCCUUCCAACGACUGUUGCUGAUCUCGAGCCACAUCAAAUUCAUACCUUUUAUGAAUCUGUUGGCCAUAUGAUUCAAGCAGAAUCUGAUCCACAGAAGAGAGAUGAAUACCUGCAGAGGUUGAUGGAUCUCCCUAACCAGAAAUGGGCUGAAAUUAUAGGACAGGCACGCCAAAGUGUAGAUUUUCUGAAAGAUCAAGACGUGAUCAGAACUGUGCUUAAUAUAUUGCAGAAAGAUAUCAUAUGUAAUACGAAGGUGAAUCUGGGUUGGGUUUUCAUGGGACCUAGGUUGGGUGAUGCCAAACACCCACUGGGUCGGGUGAAAUUGCCAUCCCUAGGUUAA